AUAAAGACCCAAAAAAACAGAGUCCCUCUUUCUUCAUUUUCCUUUUUUAAUAUUUUUUAUAUUCUCCAUGGUACAAUCAUUGGAAGACUCGUCAUCAAGAACCAGAUCGCAGAGUACAACUCUGCACAGAAACUUCCAACGUUCCUUAUCCCCGUCAGGUCGAUUCUGCUCCUCGUCAAUCUCUAAUUCCUCUACACCUUACGUGUCGACCAGGGCCGAAUCAUUCAUGACCCGGCCUUCUAGCCCGACUCGAGUCAAUAUCCGCAGAUCCGUUUCCCCUUCACCCACCGUAAGGUUCUCCACCUCACACAGCCACUCAAUAGCAUCUUCACAUAAUCGGCAUGGAAAUCAGGGUGCCCAUGCCCGGCUGUUUAAUUCAUGUCCAAAGAAGACGUGUAUGUGUUCCCCGACGACGCACCCGGGGUCCUUCCGGUGCAGUCUACACAAGAACAACAAUAGAAGCCGUGGGUACGCUAGUGAUAGCCAGACUUCUUUUCGGUCGAGCCACCAUUUAAAUAUGCGGAGAUCGGCGAUGACGAAUUCUCUGGUUAGAAUCGGAACUGUCGAAGGAGAUUUAGUGAAGAGAGCUCUAGCGGCUUUGAUUCGACCUUCGUCACAUCAUCUGCGCCGCCGUGACGAUUUCCAGCCGCGACCGAGCCGACUCUCGAUCAUGUCCAAAGCUCAAGAUUGAAUUCUAUGUUUCGGCGCGUGUUUUGUAUAGUUCCCAGUAUGGUUGAGCCGCGGUUUUGAAGAAGUUGCCAUUUGAAUGAGUGAUUUUACUUUCAUGAUUUCUCUUUUAUUAAUUUUUUUAAAAAAAAAUGUUAACAACAGUAAUCAGAAUAUCUGAAUUAGUCAGUAAACUAGAAAUUAAUUGAAAAUAAGAACUAAUAGAAGCAAACGCACCGUUAUCAUUUUUCGAGUUGAUUUCUUUCUUCUUCUUCUUCUUCUUCUUCUUUUUUUUUUUUUUUUUUCUAAAUUCUGGAUUGUGUUGUGAAUUGAAUGUCGUUUUGCGAUUUUGCAGUGAAAUGUUAGAAUUUCAAAUUUGUAGAUAAUCAAUCAAUCCACAUCAGGGAUCUAUGCAUCAGCAUCAGUUGCUACUCAAACAGGUACACCUGGGACACGAUAAAAUGACUGACCAGAUUUAUGGAUUUGUACGUCGAUUGGACAGAAAUUGCUAUAAAUAUUGGUAACAGAUUGUGUUACUUUUAAA